GUCCAGCCCAACGAGCCCGGACCAGGUUUGUUGCGCCGACAUAUUCACAUCCCAGUCUGUUGGAUACUCAUUGCCUAUCAAAUAUUGAGCGUACUGUUUAUCAUCGCCUAUUCACCAUACCGACAAGGGGCCAAACUGCUAGCUGAGCAAAUCCCCAACCCGAACGACCUUCAUCCCCCCAGCAGCCAUAGCGGCGCACCCUCCAGCCUUGUACGGGCAUGCAAUCUCACCUGUCGCAUACACUCACAGUUGUCAUCGCAGCUUGACUGUUAGCUGGGACAAAAGUUUUCGUCGCGAUAUCGCAGCGCUGAAUGUGCAGCCUCCCCUUAAUCGAGCCCACCGCAUCCCGAUAGCGCAUCAGCGCCCGAUAUGUCCUGACAAACGCACCGCAAAACAUCUCAACCGCCACGAUAAACGGGCAACAAACAAUGAUGGCAUCAGGAGGCUUACAACCAGGAGUUUAUGCGCAACCACCCCCCUCAUUUCCUCAACACGGUCAUUCCAGCUCUAUGAACGCUUCUUAUCCUCAUCCUCCCCUAGGCUAUGCCGAGGCUCACUCUGUGAACAACACACCUGCGCCGACUCCUCCACCUCCCAGACCUGCGUCUCAACACCAGCAACAGCAGCAGAUGGUGUAUAAUAUGAAUGGUGGUAAUCCCAUGGCAAAUGGAGGUAUGAUGGCCGCGCCGAAUAGCUAUGGCGGAUAUGCCGAGCAGAAUGUGUUUCCACAACCGAACUACUAUGUGAAUGGUAACAAGCCACAGAUUUAUACUGCUGUAUAUUCGAAUGUCUCUGUGUUUGAGAUGGAAGUGAACGGGAUCGCUGUCAUGCGCCGUAGAGCAGAUUCAUGGCUCAAUGCGACGCAAAUCCUGAAAGUUGCUGGAGUCGACAAGGGGAAGAGAACGAAAGUGCUGGAAAAGGAAAUCACCGGCGAGCAUGAAAAAGUUCAAGGCGGUUACGGCAAAUAUCAAGGCACCUGGGUCAACUACCAACGAGGACGAGAGUUUACGAGACAAUAUGGUGUUGAGCAACUGCUCCUGCCGUUACUUGAGUACGACAUUACCUCUGAUGGUAUGCCUGGUAUGGGUCAAGGCAUGGAAACACCCACGAAAGAACAAGCAAUGGCCGCGCAACGCAAACGACUGUAUGGCGGUGAUGGACGACCGCUUUCACAGACAUCGGGAGGCACUUUCUUCAAGAACAUGUCCAGCACGGCUGCCAAUGCGAUCCACGCUCUGAACAGAACACGUCUCGAUUCGCCGAGCCAUGCGGAUGGUCGUCGCUCGAUCGGACCACGAAGACAGUCCCAAUCUCAAUCAUUCACAUACGGCACGGAUGGCUUAUAUGGUCAAGCAGGGAGUCAACAGAGUAUGCCAAGCAUGACUUCUCAGGACAGCUUUGGCACGAAUGGAGGCAUCAUGAGUCAAGGUGCGAGCUUUGCCGACUUCCCAAGUGUGGACGCACAAGAGCCACCGAGAAAGCGUAUCCGACCGUCUCCUCAGACCUCGUUCCUUGCUGGCCCAUAUGAUGCAUCCCUGGAGAUGGCACUGGCGGAUGGCACACCGACCGAACCGAAUGCUUCGUUCUUCUCUCAACCAAGCCAGUCGUUCAUGGCACUCGACCCGCUCUCUUACGGCCUGGAACCUUUACCUCACCCUUCCGGUGCAAUUGACGAACAGAAGAGAGACCUUCUUCUCGACCUCUUUAUUGACCCGCACCGAACGGAUUUCGAGGACCAUCCAGCAUUCUUGAGACUCAGUGGCGAAGAAUUUGAGUUUCCCAUCGACGGCUCAUGUAAUACUGUAUUGCAUUGGGCGGCGACGUUGGCCAGAAUACCCCUGGUACAAAAACUGCUGCAGAAAGGCUUCAACAUGAGGCGAGCAAAUAGUGGAGGCGAAACUGCCUUGAUUGCAGCGUGUCAAGCACGAAACAAUUUGGACCAAAGCAGCUUUCCGGCACUCCUUGACCUUCUUGGACCUAGUAUUGAGGUCAGAGACGGACGUGGUCGGACGAUACUUCACCAUAUUGCAGUGUCUUCGGCCAUGAAAGGGCGAGGUGCUGUGGGCAAAUACUAUCUUGAGUCGUUGCUCGAGUAUGUCGUCAAACAAGGCGCAACGCAGUCUAUGUCAUUUGAUGGCCUGAAUAUGUCGAACCAGGGGAACAAGAUGACGUUAAACCGAUUCAUGUCGGAGAUUGUGAAUGCACAGGACAAGGCGGGCGAUACGGCGCUGAAUUUGGCGGCGCGGACAAAUACAACCACGAUCAUUGAGCAACUGAUUGAAGUGGGCGCAGAUCCUCACAUUCAAAAUCGUGGUGGCCUGUGUCCGGUGGAUUUUGGGGUUGGAGGUGGUCAAGUCAAGAGUCAAAUGCUAGAUCAAAGCAUGACCAUGUUUGAGCAGCCUUCGGCGGCGAAUGGCUUGCCACAAAAGUCCUUCGAGGAGGCUCAAGAAGGACUCAUGACUUCCAUCCGAGAAAUCCUGUCCCAAUCAGAAGCGGACUUUACAGCCGAGAUGAAAGAAAAGAAGGAAAUCCUCGACAAGACAAACGCGGCACUGAAGGAGUCGGGUACGUCAUUAGCAGAAGAGCGACGACGACUCGAAGAUGCUCGAGCGAAGGUGCGCGAGAAGGAAGAUCUGGAGCAGAAAAUCCAGAAUCUGCGUCAAGCGGCAGCGAAAUUGCGAGCCGAAUUGCAUCAGUCCAACCCACCAACGACGAUCCAAGAGAAUGUUGGAGUCGGCGAAGCAGAUAAAGGUCUGGACCUCGAUGGACAACUUCCAAUGGUUGCACAAUUGUUUGCAGAUGGCGAAACAGACCCUAGCAACAUGGCGCUGACCCAGGAGCAAGCCAAUUUCCUGGGGUGUCUGGAACGUGUGGAGGUGCUGUCUGGUCGGGCCAGCGUGUAUCAACGACAUAACCAGCAACUUGAACAGAUCGCAAAGACUCUCAAGGCUCGCAGUGCAGAACUGGAAGAACGGUACAAGAAGAUUGUGAGUCUGUGCACGGGAGCUGAUGAGGAUAAGGUGGAUGGCUUGCUGGAUAAUCUGGUUCAGGCGGUCAUCAGCGAGCAGAAGGAGAUGAACAACAAUUCCCAAUUAGGACGAGUCAGAGACUUUCUGAGGUUGGUGAAAGGGUCAGGCAAUUGAUGAUGGGCACUGUGCUGGUGCAUGAAUUGGCUACACAUGUGGGAGGUACGCCAAUGUACUAUGGUAUCCCAAAGAUGUGGUCUUGUCCAUUAGUGACAAUGUCUCUGUGUAGCUAUUAUUGUAAUGUGAAUGAUCCACGUG